AUGGCUUCAUCGACCGCCAACAGCUCGCCCGCUGCGCUCAAUGCGCUGACAGACACGGCCAUCGCACUUAUUCAACAACUCGAGGCGGUGCUAUUUGCUAUCAACAGUGGCAAAGACAUGCCUCAGCAGGCCGAUACCUCCUCCGUUGAUCCCUUGCCGCUUGCCCGCGACUCUGCAUCCCUAAUCAAGGCCCACUCCACCAAGAUCUCUGUCCUAAUCAUUAACGAGCCGUUUACGCCCUCGGCCAUUAUCAAAGUCCUCCGCGAGCUCGUCAGCGGGCCGAUCCCGGGCAUAGCUACAGCCGCCCAAGCAUGCGACGCAGGGCGCUACACCUCGACUGUUCGAACGGAUCUAUCCUGGAAGUGCUAUACUGUGUUGAAGGAACUCAGGGGCUUGGUAGAAAAGAUCCCCAAGGAUGGCAAGACUCUUUCCUCGGCGCAAAAGUCAGGGUCCGCAGGCACUUCUGGCAAGGGCAGCAUGGCUGCUACAGGUGUCAUUUGGUCUGCCUGCGAUGAUGUUACGCAAUUCUCCAACGGCGGAAUUGGCGGCUGUUUUGUCAAGAAGGUUGAGGAGUUCAGGGCGACGCUAAAGGAUGUUAUGGAGGAACUCAAGGAAUGGGGUGAGGAGGAGCCUGAUGACGAAGAGGACGACGACGAAGAUGCCGAUGAUCUGGACCACGACUCUGCGUUGGGCUCCAUGAUGCCUUCGGCCCAAGAAAUGAUUGACGAUAUGAUGUCCGGUCAGGGCACGAUUCCUCGUGAGGACCCCGACAAGAUCCGCGACCGCCUCGAGUCCUGCCUGAAGCGCCUCAGGCUCACCACACUCCUCUACCAGGCCAUUAUCAAGAGGCGGCUGAAAGCUCUUCCCGAGCUCCCUUCUGACAAUUCCGGCGUCCCCAAGCGCCUUGACGAGGCAAUGCGCAUCCUCAGGAAGCUACCGCACAUGUUUGACGAGCUUGCUGGCGCAUUUUAUGAGCUCUCGCCUGACGAAAUCGAUCGGGCCAUGGCCCUGUGCUUCAACGAGGUUGUUGCGCUUUCGGAACUGCUAAAGACACCUUGGUCUGGUGAAACUGACGAGUUUACCGAGUGGACAGUCAAGUUCCAGGCUGAGAUGAAGAAGGGCUGA